AUUUACAGUAUUUGCCGAUAUCUCCCCCGGUGGUGCAGCGUCGGAUGGUAACGCCUUAUCAUGGGACCGGUAGAGUUCCGCCAGUAUCGAAUUCCGCAGCUCGUCGAAGACUCUGUUCAUAACCUCUGUCGCAGCAGCUGAAUGGUGGCAACAGGAUCCAGAUUCUCGAGAAAAUCUCCGUCGAUCUGAUUUCAGACCUAAUAGUAUCAAUUAAAAAUGUUAAAGUGCCUAAACGAUGAUAGCAAAAUACAAAUGAGACUGAAUAUUAAACAGCAUCGACAAAAACUUCUUCAGUAUUUGGAGAAUACUAAUGAUACUGUUUUAAAGCCUAAAAUCAAAUUAAUUUCAAAUGAUAUUGAAAAAUCUAAUUUGAAUCACAAUGUUAAAAGGAGAACCAGAUCAAGUAUUACUGUGAAACAACUUCAACCAAAUGUCAAAGUAAAAAUAAAAGAAGAGCCUUUGUCAAAUUUUGAAUUAAAACUAGAACCUUUACCAAACAUUGAAAUAAAAGACCCUGAACCUUCACCUGUCAUCAUAAAAAAACUCAAAGAACAAUUAAUUGAAGAAGAGCUAUAUUAUAGUUCGAGUUCUGAAGAAAUUGGUAACAAUAUUUCUGUUGGAAAUACGGAAAAUUUUCAGUCACAUAAUGAUAAUGACAGCAACAAUUCAAGCAUUAUAGAAGUAGUUAAAUAUGAUGGAGAAGAACAACUGGCCAAUGACAAAAGUAAAAAAAAAUGUAUGUAUUAUAACUGCAACAGUGAUAAUUCUUUAUUGGAUAUCAACUACCCACUCACUACAAAGAGAAAAAUAAUGAUUUUAAAAAAAAAUGUUAGAAAAUCUGAAGACAGGGAUAAACACAAUGCCAAAGAACGAGAAUGCCGAAAACUCGUAGCCAAAAAGUUUCAAACUCUGAGAAAAUGUUGUAGUUAUUUGAACACCAAUAUACGCAGGCCAUCAAAACUUAGCAUACUUUUGGCUGCUAAAAAAGAAUGCGAUUUGUUAAGACAUAAUGGCAAGAAAAUGGAAGCAGAAAAAAUAUACUGGCUCAAAGCAAAUAAAAUUUUGAAAAAUAGGAUAAAUGAAUUGAAGAUAGAUGGGUAUAGAUAGUAUGGUAGUACAGCACAUCGGCCCUCGAUUCUCGUACUUGAAAAGUGUCAACCGAAAUGAAUCUCUAUAACCAGUAUUAAACAGCUGGAGAUAUUUGCUCUAGCGCUUAUUUGUUGUAGUGAUUAUAAAUGUAGUUACCAUUCAAAUGGUAAAUUGUAGUUGCGUGAUAGUCACUACAACAAAUAAGUGCUAAAGCGGAAAUACAUAUCCAGCAGUUUAAUACUGAUUAUAGAGACUCAUUUCGGUAGACACUUUUCUAGAUUUAUUGGGCAACCAUACUAUCAUUAACCGUGGUUAAUACUGAUAAUGUAUGAUAAACCAGGAAAAUAUUUUGGUAAAUUUGUUAUAUUUCACACUGCCCAAUGUACCAACUCACUAUUUUUAUCUUUAGUAGGUAUAUAAAAAAAUAUGUUUAUUUAUAUUUAUUUUUAUAGUAAUAUUUAAUAGAUUUUGUUCAUGUUUUCUUUGUAAUACAAAGAACCUGUACAUAAAACAAAGUCUAUGUAUACAUUUGUAGUAUGUGUUACGUGUUUCUAAUAACUAUCAAUUUUCUUUUUUAUUCACUAAAUAUUAAAUUAAAUUCAUUGGACGAAUUAUAUUUAAUUUAACUAAGUGUAAAUUUGUGCGCUCUUUAUGAGAUUCUGUCACAGUUACUCAUUUAAAAUCCGUUGUACAUUAUUUAAAAGCUCAACUUAGUUUUAUGUAAUUAAUUGAUUUGUUUUCAUAUUAUCACAACAAA